GCUGGUUUCAGUAAGGUCCUGUAAACAACUGUAAAACGGCUCCCUGCAGCACUUACUCUAUAUUUGUAUUCGUUGUUUGACUGGAACAGAGAUCAUCUCAUCAUGUCUGGAAGAGGCAAAGGCGGGAAAGGACUCGGGAAAGGAGGCGCUAAGCGUCACCGUAAAGUGCUGCGCGAUAACAUCCAGGGAAUCACCAAACCCGCCAUUCGUCGUCUAGCUCGCCGCGGCGGAGUCAAGCGCAUCUCCGGUCUGAUCUACGAGGAGACACGCGGUGUGCUUAAGGUGUUCCUGGAGAACGUGAUCCGCGAUGCCGUGACCUACACCGAGCACGCCAAGAGAAAGACCGUCACCGCCAUGGACGUUGUGUACGCGCUCAAACGACAGGGACGCACCUUGUACGGCUUCGGAGGAUAAACCGCUUCAGAUCAGAGAACAAACCCAACGGCUCUUUUAAGAGCCAC